UUGGACAUGGAUCAAAACCCAGUUGUUAAGCGGCUAUACGUUGGAGGACUUGACCAUACAGUUUCUGAAGCUGAACUGCAGGAAAGAUUUUGCAAGUUUGGAAAUGUUACAGACACAGAAAUUGUUACCCGGAAAGAUGAAAAAGGGAAGCCUACAAAAACAUUUGCAUAUAUCAGCAUCACCCUUUCAGAAAAAGAACUUAGAAAAUGUAUAUCUGUUCUAAACAAGGCAAAAUGGAAAGGUGGAACACUGCAAAUAGAAUUGGCCAAAGAAUGUUUUUUGCACAGAUUGGCACGGGAGCGUCAAGAGGCAAGCAUGACGAAAGAAAAUACAAGUUGUAAUGGCAUGAGAAACAUUCUAGAAUCUAUGAAGAAAUCUGGAGUUGUAGAUUUUCAUGUAAAAGCAGUACCAGGAACAGAAAUACCAGAUCAUAAGGACUGGGUUGUUGGCAAGUUUGGAAGAGUUUUGCCUGUCCUCCACAUGAAAGCUCAACACACAAACAAGAUUAUGAAAUAUGACCCUUCCAAAUACUGUCACAACCUUAAAAAAUUGGAUUCAGACCUGAAUGAAACCGUUCCAGUUUCCCAACUCACUUGGCAUUUAGAAGAAGAUGAUAAUAUCAUGAGCAAGAAACAGCAAGGACAAUUUCCUGUUUAUAAAAAGCCGCUUAAAAAGAAAAUGAGAGUACAGGACUGUGGUACUUUAAGUACUACAGAACUGAAAUCAUGUUGCCAGUUUUCAUCAAAAACAACAAAUGUACACAAGACAGAACUAGUUCAAAAUCGCACUCCUAUUGCAAAGCAAUACAAAGAACCUGUGGAUCAGAAGUUUGAAACUGGAUUGUGCAGGAAAAGCAGCCUAUCUGAAAGCGAUAUUGAUACUGAUGACGAAAUUAGAGCCAUAGUAGCAAAAGAAAAAAAAGUGCAGAGAGUUAACCCUAAUAUUCAGCCUGAAGAUGACAGUAUGGAAGUUGUUGGAGAAAAUUUUGAAAUGAAGUAUAAUACUCACUGGGCUUUACAGAAAGCACAUGGUAUGAAGAAAGUAUGCAAUGGAAUGCUAAGGAGCACUGAAGGCAAAUCUGAUUAUGAUUCAGCUGACACUGAUGAAAUUAUAGCUGUGACUCAAACAUCAAAUCAAAGAAAGAGAGGAAAGAAAGCUCUGAAUGGAUCUAAGGCCACAAAAGAGAAAGAUAGAAGGCUUAAGAAGGGCAUUUUGUCAGUUUGUCAUUUGAACGGGUCAACAUCUGACAAACUGAAAGUGGAGAAAACAGCAACACUGAAAAAACCAAAUUCUGAGGUUGUACCUGAACAGAGCAGAGAUGCCAAUAAGUGCAAAUUGGAGAGCAAUUAUUUGUAUUUUGCCACAAGCGAAUCUGAAGGGGGUGAAGAUUAUGAAACCAUGACGAAAAACUGUUACCAACUAGAUCUUACAUUAGAAGAUUUAGAACGAUUAGCAGGCGAAAAUGCUGAGUCUACAGAUGACGAUACAAGAGGUAAUCACACUGACACUGAAGCUAAAAUGAAUGAAUUUUCAGUUAGUAAUACCAAAAUUAUUUCAAGAGUACACACAGGUUCCUCUACUGCCAAAAAAUGUGUUUGCCCAAAAGAAAUUAUUGCUGCUAUUUUAAAAGAAGAAAGUGCUGAUGAAAAAAAUCCAAAGAAAGAAAACUCUCCAUUGAAAGUUCAGCCUUUUAGAGGAAUAGGGUCACUAAGCAAGAUUGAAACCAUAAAGAAGCCGAAUAAGGGUGAGUUGGAUGCACAUAAAAGCUGUGAUUCUUCUGACCUUACUUGUAUGGACACUUUGAAGGGUGCAUCAGAUCCCCAGUUCUCGGACUCUGCAGCUAAAAAACCUAACUGUAAAUUACUGUCAUUAAAAAAAAGGAAAUCUGACUCUCACAGAGGAAAAUGCAGAGCAAAAACAGGUGAAAAUUCUGACUGCAGUACACUCAACACAGAAAAUAGUAAAGCUGACAACAGUAACGGGAGUGUUCUAACAGAAACAAAGGUCUCAACAAAUCUGAAAUCUUUUCCCAAGAGAGCACCGAUAGAAAUUAGUUGUGAAGGUUCAGAUUUAAGUGAGAACCUGAAGAAUAUCCCUCCGAAAAGCAGAGAGACCCUUCUGGGUUCUGUCACAUCUGCAUUAGAAAAACAACAGCAGGAUAAUGAAAAACGGCUGGCAGCUCUGCAAAAGAAGCAAAAACUGAGAGAACAGCAGAAAAGACUUAUUCAGGGAGCUCUUGCCCAUCUGGAAAUCAUAUCAACGAAUAAACAGAAGCACAUAGUGUUUGAUUCGGAUGGUGAAAGUGAAGGUGAAGUUCCAGUGAGCACUGAAGAAGGGCCAGGAAGAAAGCUGCUGGGGAAAGAUUUCAUCACUAAAACCUCUGGAAAGCUAUUUGAAAGCAGUGAGGAUGAGCCAGAUAUAGCAGAAGAAGAUGAGGACAGAUUCAAAAUAAAACCUCAGUUUGAGGGUAAAGCUGGUGAGAAGCUCAUGCAGUUACAGUCACGAUUUGGCACAGAUGAAAGGUUUCGUAUGGAUCCUCGCUUCCUUGAAAGUGACAGUGAAAGUGAACAAGAAGAUGAAUUAAAGAAACUGGAGAUAGAUGAAGAGGAUGAGCUUGCCUUAGAGAAAAAGAAGAAUCUUGAGAUCUUGAAAAAUCUUCUACAUAUUAAUGUAGAACAUCCCAAACCUAACAAGCAGGCUGCAAAUGCUAAGAAAUUCAAGGAUAUUAACACCCUACGCUAUGAUCCUACAAGGCAGGACCAUGCAGUAUUUGAAAGAAAACGAGAAAAUACUGAAAAAGAAAGUAAAGCGAAGAAGAAGAAGAAGAGGGAGGAAGCCCAGAAGCUGCCUGAGGUGUCUAAAGAAAUGUUUUAUGAUGUUGCUGUGAACUUGAGAGAAGUACUUGAAUCUACUAAAUGUGAUGCAAGGCCAGAAAUAAUACCCUGGGAUAAACAUGAUAAUGCAGAAGACACAAUUGCAGCUGAGGUAGGGCCAUUAAACAAAGAUAGAAGUAGCAAGCAAGAAGAAACUAGUGGCUUCACGUUUUCAUUUUUUGGUGCUGAAGAGGAGACAUCACCUAUGAAAGAAGAACCCUAUCUAAUUGAGGCAAUAAAACCUUCAAAGGUUGCUUGGCAAGAAGAUCCACGUUUCCAGGAUAGUAGUUCAGAAGACGAUGAUGAACAAGAAGUGGAUGAAAAAGAAUAUGUUAAAGAAAUGUCUCCAGCUGCACCACAGUCAAACGUUAGAUUUUUCUUCUUCUCCCAAGAAGAUGAUAGAUUAAAAGAGGGUCCAAAACUUUUCUGCCGAUCGUCCAAACUUAUUGAAGACAGAGAUGAUUGGGAAAGCAGGCGUCAGAUGUUACUUGAGGAUUGUCGGAAGAAACAUAAAGAUGCAAGAAGAAAAGUCAAAGCAAAACACUGAAUGUGGCAGACAGGUGAACCAGUGAUGUCUCAAAAAGCUUGGAGAUAUCAGUUCUGAAUGCAAACAGUUAAGGAGUCCACAGGAGACUUGCACAGGAUUUGAAAAUAAAAAGUUGAACUGCACAUACAGCAUUUGUGUAAAACUAAAUAGGUCUGAGUUGGUGAAGCUUUUAAGGUUUAUCUCUGUUUUAUGUUAUACACUUGUUUACCAUAGAUUAUAGGGUACUGGCAAAUCCUUGAACUAGAACAGCAUCUACUUUGAAUAUUGGCUGCAGUUGACAUCUUUUCAGGGUGGAGCUAAACAUUUUAGCGUCCAUGUAGCAUACUCGGACAGGGAGUAACUUCUGAUAGCACGCAUGCAUACAGGUGCUAUUGCAUCAGAUAGUACCCUUUGGAGAUGCUGGACAUGAGAUUUGAUACAUGGUUUGGUAUAUAGCUACCUUGGUCAAUUAAAAUUAGGAACAUAUAAUAUUGGACAUCCUAUAAAUGUAGGACCAUUCCAAGAGUUGAGGUAAUGAGGGGAGGAAGGGCCAGUGAUCAGGGAAACAGCCAGAAUGAACAGAACACCAGGACAAGCAGUAAGGAAUAUUGACUCUUUUUUUAAUGGGAGUUUUGAAUUCCAGCUCCCAGCUGUGAAGAACAGAUUUAAGACAACAGUCUCAAUACCAGUCUCAAAUCCAGUAAAGUGCUUUAAAGGAGAUGUGUGGAUAUAGU